AUGGCAGACGUCGUCGACCCAAGGACAACGCCGAGAGACUACAUCUUCAUCAUCGCUCACGACGACCAGACACCAAUGGCAUUUCACCGGCGAUUGGUCUCUGAGAGAUCACCGUUCCUCAAAGCCGCCUGCAAAGACAGCAAAGACAAGAAUUGGCCCCUCGUCAUCAAACUCCCCACAGCCGAAACCAGCUUUCAGUUCAAGUGGAUUACACUCACCCUGUACGCCGAGUACAUCAAGACCAACCGCAUCAGAACCGAACACAUAUGCGCGGAGAACCAGCCAAUUCCAUUCGACCAGUACUCUUGCUUCUUUGCUAUGUACCUAUUGGGAGAAUAUUUGGAAGACUCGACGUUCCAAGACGACGUUUUGGACGCAAUCCUGGCCCGAUACAACGAUGGCGAAGCGAACAGCAACGCAUGGGUGCCUACCAACGGCACGAUUCACUUCGCAUACGCUCACACGCCCGCCGGUUCGCCGCUCAGGAAGUUCCUCGUCGACGUGCACGUCUGGGCAAAAGCGGUAGGGCUCAAAUCAGAGAGGACUCACAAGGUCUUUCUCGGUGAACUGCUCUCUGCGUUGGUGCUUCGGAGGACCAAUGGCAAGGUGGAGGAUCUUUUUGAAGCUGCUGCUGCUCUCGUUGACAUCGACCGGCCAUCGACGCAGCGCGUGCCGCGCUUGAGGCCCAGAUGUGCGCCUCAAGCGACGCAGGUCUCUCGCAAGAUUCCCACUGGUGUCAGCUGCUGCGACUACCACAAGCAUGAGGUUGGAGUCAUCUGCGGCAACAAGAAGCGGAAGAGGGAGCUCAAGGAGGAAACGGAGCGCGCGGCGAAGCGUAGCUCAGGACGAGAUCGAGAGGACUCCAGUAGCCGCGUCAUGCGACUUGUGAGUAUCUCGGAUGAUUGA